GUCGCCGCCGCCGCAUCAGCCCGUCCGCAUAAUUUUAAGAGACGCAACAUGCUCCGUCCAGUCCGUCCAUCAGUGGCGGCCUCGCUGAUUUACCGCCCGCUAUCGAUUUUCCCGGUUGCGCGAAUCCAACAGUUGUGCGUGGGCGCCAUCCCACCGACCGACACGCGCCCUUGCUCGAGAUCCGAAAGUGAGACAGCGCCGCUGCCGCCACCGCCAACACCCACAACCCACAAACGGGGAGAGACCCGUACCCCUCUAGCCCUUCCUCAAUCGUGACGGGGUGUUCGCAGAUCAGCCCUCAGCAGCCGACCUACAUUCAUGUUGCAUACUCAACGGGUACUUCUGCGGCGUAGACGUUUAUUACGCGUUUUAACUGAUUGAAGCCGCCCCGUUCUAGUUGGUUUCCUGCGAACAGUGACACAUUUCCAUCGACGGACUAAACGGUAAUAUCUGAAAACCGAUACAUUUUAUAAAAUGUCAGUAGUUAGCAUGGACUAUAGUAAGUUCGAGCAAUGUCAACACUACCAUUCAUCAUUUACAAAACUAAAUGAACUUCUCAAAGAAGAAACAUCGUGUGAUAUUAUUUUAAAGACAACAAACGGAAAUGAAAUACAUGCUCACAAAUAUGUGUUGUCAAGUUGUAGUGAAUAUUUUGAAAGAAUGUUUAUUGGGGGAUUUGUAGAGAGCACUAAAGAUAUUAUCCACAUUAAAGAUAUCGACUAUAAAAUCUUGAAAUAUUUAGUCGAUUAUAUGUAUACUGGUAAACUGAUAAAAAUCACUAAAAACAAUGUUGAAGCAAUAUUGAACGGAGCUGAUAUUUUUCAAAUUAAAAAAGUUCAACGUCGAUGCGUUAAAUUCUUAUCGAAGACAUUACGUGACGAUAAUUGUUUGAUGAUUAAAAAUAUAGCUGAUUUAAGAUUGAUCACUGAUUUGUCUGAUUAUUGUUUAAAAUAUACUCUAAAAAAUUUUCUAUUUAUAUCCGAACAUAUAUCUUUUAUGGGUAUAGACAUAACAUAUCUGAAACAAUUGUUAGAAAGCGAUGAUUUGAGUGCUAAAUAUGAAGAAGAUGUGUAUGAAGUUGUCAUAAAAUGGGUAAAGCAUGAUGAAAAUGACCGAAAACAUUCAUUACCAGAACUAUUGAAUCUUGUUAGGCUGGCAUUAAUUCAAGAACAUAUUUUGGAACAAGAAAUUAAAUCAGAACCACUUAUUUAUUCGAAUCCUGAAUGCUUGAAGAUUGUCACAAAAGUAAUUGAUCAUUUUAAUUUUAAAAAUGGAGAUUCAUUAUCAAAGAUAAUAAAAAAUGUGAAACCAAGGAUCGACAGCAAGAAAUUCAGGAACAAAUUUAGGAAUCGAUCAGAGGUUGUGUGUAAGAUACCAGAUAGUGAACAUAGAAGUGCAAUAAAUCUUCUUGCUUAUUUCGAUAACCGCGUUAGUAAUAAUACUGAUAUCUCAAAAGUUGAAUGGGACAAGAAAAUGAAUGAAAUUAAUUUUCUUGAAAAUUGGAAUGAAAAAUGGGAAGAUUUGUGUAGUACUGAUGAAGAAAGUGACGAUGACUAAUAUGAAUAUUCAAUAAAUAAACACAAGUAUUUUAUGUUCAA